AUGAAUUGUUCAGCAACAAGUACACAAAAUAUACGCUUAGACAGUAGUAGUAAUAAAUUAGAAAAUAGUCAAGAGUCGAAUCAACAAGAUGUAUUGAUUAAUUCUCAUAAAUUCCCAUUGAAUGAUAACUCUGAUGCUGCUGCUGCUGCCUAUAUCGAUCAUAAUGAUAAGAUGACUGAACAUUUAACAAACGAUGCAGGAACUCAUCUGGUCCCUGCUAUCGAUGAAAAUGACAACAGUGAUGUUGACGAUGAAGACAACGGUGAUGAUGCGGACAAUGAAACUCCUCACAUAAUCAAUGAUGAAAAUAGUGAUAAAAAUAACAAUGAUAGAAAACAUGAUGAUGAUGAUGAUAUUGAUGAUAAUGAUAAUGGUAUCAAAAUUUUACUAGAUAAGCAACAAAAUGCAACACAUAGUAAAUUAAAUUCCCAUGAAUCUAAAACAUCAGCGGCCUUAAAUCAAAAAUCUUCAGCAUUUGAAAAUAAUUCACCAGUGAAUCAAAAAAUAAUAAGAAAGAUAGAUAAACAAACCAAAUUGACUGAUGAAUAUGUAGCGUAUAAUUCAAAUUUUGGCCACUCAGAAGUGGAUACAUUAAAACAAAAUGAGAAUUAUAAGCAUGAAAUAUUAUUUAAAGAUAAUUUUGAUAAGAAUAUUACUGAAAAUAAUAAAUCAAUAAAUGAUAUAUGUUAUGAACAAGUUAAUCGGAAAAAAGUGGAGCAAGAUCACUGCUUGUACAAGAAUUUGCAUACAAUUGAAGUUAAUUUAAAGAAUUUACAAAUUAGUGAUCUUCAUAAGUCGGCAUCAUCGUUAAUCAAUAAUAAAUCCAAUGGAAAGGUAACACAACCUGAUCUUAUUGAUCUAUUAAAAUCUGAAUCCAUGAUAACAAUAAUCAAUAAAGAUCAACUAACCAACAAAAAGGAGAAUAACAAUAUACGUGAACAGAAUUCACCGAAUAAGGGUAAAACUAAAGUACAGCAUUAUACUACUAAGCAUACUCUAGGCAAUACAAUGAAACCUAUUGGCAAGACAAAAGAAACACCGAUACAACAAUUAGAUGGUAUUAAAGUUUAUCCUGUUAUGAGUACUGCUACUACUACUACUACUAAUAUAAAGUCUGUAAGUAGUACAAGUCAACCAAAUAAAUUAUAUGAUCAACAGAACUAUAGGCGAGUAAAUCAUCGUCAGCGCAAUGCCAUGUAUUCAAAUAAAAGAAUGAUGAGUCAAAUCAACUCAGAAAAGUCCACAUCUAACAGGUUAAGAAAUAAAUCGAUACAUCGAAGAAUGAAAGAUGAAAGGCUAACGGCUAAACAUCAUCAGUUAAGUCAACACAAUAACACAGAGAUGCAGUCAACUAGUUCAACAGAGAAGCUGGCGGCUACAAAUUCUAUAGAUGAAACAUUGACAACAAUGCCAGCCCCACCAGCCCCGUUAGUAAAAUCACCACCACCACCACCAGCAACAACAACAACAACAAAAACAAGGACAAAAAUCCCAUAUGUCAAUCCAGAUAAAUUGUAUCCAUGCCCAUUGGUUAAAUCAAAGCAUGCAGAUGAGUGGAGAUCACGAUUAUUUGAAGCUGAUCAUAGAAAUGAUCAUCUAGCGCCUAGAGCUUUAUCAUCAAAUGAUUCACAGUAUCAACGAAGUAUUUCAAGAUGUCAAGAUUUAUUAAAUCAAGUUAUCAAAAAUACUCCUACGGAAUAUGCUGAUUCACUGCCUAAUAUCAAACGUACUAAGGCAAAACUAACCUCAAGUUACUCUGAUAAUAAUCAACAAAAGAAUGAAUUUGAAAAUGUUACACCCAGUGAUUCAAGGUAUCAAUUAAAAUGUAACUUAUCAACACCCCAAGGUCAUCAACGAGAUGAUGAUGAUGCUGAUGGCGGUCACUUUGAUGAACAAUUAGCAUCUUCGUCUUAUUUUUCUCAAACGAAACCAAGCGACCACCGUGAUCCACAUCCUCAUCAACAACAUGUAAGAAAUAAUAGAACGAAGAAUAUUUCAGACAAAACGAAUAAUUAUUCUGAGACAGUUUAUGGUAGAUGGUUUGAUGUUAAUGAUGAUUACAUCAUUGAAAUUGAUCCAAUGACAUUUCAUAAAGUUUUUGAAGGUCCUGAAUGUGCAUAUAUGCUAUUCUAUCGUUUACAUAGUCUACCAAUGCCAGUUUGAAGAAAAAGAACACAUUAUAUAUCUGUUUAAAUCAUAUGUUUGUUUAUGUUCAAUAAUGAAUUUGUUCAAUUAAGUUGAACAGUAAGUAACUGAUUUCAAGGAGUGUUGUAUCCACCGAACAUUGUUACUACUAACAAGAAC